AUGGACAGACAGUGGAUGACAUUCCACUGUGAAAAGUGCAACACAGUUCUGGGAGAUGGACUGAGCGUGUGCGGAGAAGUCAAGAGCAUCAACUGCAUCGUGCUUCUUAAAGUAACCAAAGAUAUUGUCAUCAAUGAUAAAAAAGAGACGGGACAAAAAGGAGAUCUUGCUCAUUGUAUUUACAGUGUUCUUUCUUGCCGUUGCUGCCGUUCUGUUGUUGGGAGAAUUAUUGUCUCUUCUUCGGCUCAAUUCUCAAACUACCGCUCCUUGUUUCUGCUCCAGAAAUCAAAAAUCAACUGCUACCUCCUUGACAGCACUUCAUUGGUGAAAGCAACGUCCAUGUCUUUUGACGUAAAACCUCUUGUAGAGAGUAUGAAAGAGAUGAUGCUCAAGUUUGAAACGAUAAAGAGUCGAAUAACUUAUGUGAAGCAGGAAUUGGCAAACAGCACUUUUUCAAGUUGUUAA